UUUUGUAGAUCGGCGGGCUCAUUCACCCAGUCCGCAUUGUUGAAGCAGACAAUGGUACCUCGGAGUCUUUUUAUUGGACCGCUACAGCUUUUUAAAGAGGGAUUGAGAUGUAUUUUUACAUUGUUGGAGAGCUUGUGUGGUAGUGAAAGGAGGGUCCUCAUACUUUUUUGGUCAGCCAAAGAUUUGGAGGCUUGCACACAGACUGUGGCCUUGGAUGUCGGAGAGAAGAACGAUCACGUUUUUUGCUUAAAGCGCCCAUGGUGUUGAAGAAGUCAAAGCUUUUGACGAAGGAGUAAAUACCCAGUGGUUUGUGUUAAUGCGAUGAUUUCUACAGUUUUGUGACAGAAUAUCUGUCUUGCUCCCUCACACGUGCAAUUUUUGCUCAACUUUUCAUGAAUUCAUUUUUAAAACUUCCAGAAAAAUGAAGAAACUAAAGAAAGAGCCUGGGACUAUGUUUAACGUCCCCUCUCAAAUGUAUACAUUGGAUUGCAGGGUUCCCCAAAUGUGGGUUUUUCUAAAAUAUGUAUGUUUUUGUAAUGAUCAACUCCUGGAGCUCAUACAAGCAUGUUCUGAAGCAGUCAUAGAGUACUACAUUAGAGGGUCUGUCUGGUAUUUGUUUGUGCUAUCUGACUGUGGAGUUAAAUGUUAUUUUCUUCUUUUAGGUGUGCCCUUGACAAGCAAACUGUUUUUCUCAGCAGAUCUCCAUGUUGUGCCAAGCAAAGAUGUGUGUUGGGGUUGUCUGGGGUACAGGUCUACAAAAUGAAACGGCUUCUUACUACUCAUUGUCCUUGUCUCUAGAGGUUUGGUCCAUUUGCUGAACAGGUGCGGGAUCAGGAGUGAAGAUGUGGUUUCUAUCUAAAUUCCUUCCUAUUAUUGUGUACUUUAAACAGUUCAAAGACAACACGUUUGGAAAAGACUAAUUUGCUCUUCCCCACAACAUUAUUUACGCUGAGGCUGUGGUCCGCGUAGUCAUCGUGUUCACGAAGGCUCAGCAGUUGGACAAAGGGAUUGCGGCGUUGGUGUCAAAGUGCACACAGGUUUGCACUGAAGUGAGCAAUGGGGUUUUUUUUUUUAAAGGUUUGCAAACUUAAAAUCAAUUUUGUCAAUUAGCAAGUGGAAGGUGUUUUUUCCUAAUGGGAAGGCCUAUGGAAAAGGUGUAUGGCCUUAGUCCAUUGCUUUUGGUGCUUUUGAGGGAAUCCUAAAAAAGGACUUAGUAAGAAGUACAUUUUGUUUGCUUUUUGUAGACCUGUACCAUAUUGUGAUGCGACAGAGGUGCUGGAGGGAAGCUCAGGACUGCUCGUCCGAGCUCACUGUCACCGGCCACCUUUCUUGUUCCCACUCUAAACCCCAAUUGUUCUCUCGGCUUCUCUCCCUUGGUGUGUGUCGUCUGGGAUCUGAUUUGUAGUGGGUGAUGUAACGUACGUGGAACACUUAAUGGACGCAGAAGGCAAAUCAAGGGUAAGUGCAAAAACAUAUAUAAACACAACCUUUUGAAAUAUCCUUGGCAAACCUGUGUUUGUCAGCUUUGGUUUUCUCUCUUCAUUGCUGGGCAUUUGUUCAGAUUGCGCAACCUGACUAGAGGGGAUGAGAUGUGGACAUGUCGGAGGCAUGUUCUUUGUGGUGUCGCCUGUGGUCAUUUUAGGAUUGAUGCUCUUUAAGGACUUCAGCUUUUCUUCGUAGCCAAUCUUGAGAUAGCAGUAGCAUACAAAUGUACCUUUUGGUUGCUGGAGUCUUCUUCUAAAGACCUAAAGAAGGUGUAGUGUGCAAGUGGCGGUCGCAGGACUUAACAAUAUUUUGUUUUUUGAACAAAGGUUUUCCCUGAAAUAGUAACUUCCAAUAUUUCAUUGUUGGGGAAUCCAAUUUCACUGUGGAUUUCCUCUCUUGGAUGUUGGAAAUACAUAACUUCUGUAAACAUUACCACUCUGUUUUGUUAUUGGAGAGUUGUGGCCAAAGUUGUAUGCUUGUUGUAGUCUUUUAAAGUUGAUGUGCAUGAAUUUCACUUUCAAUCAAUAUUUUUGUAAAAUCUUGUCAAAUAGGAAUAUUCUAAUUUGAAUGUAUUUGUUUUUUGAAUAUUCCGGGUUGUGGUGUGUUCUUCAAUCAACCAAGGGCUGUGCUGUGGUUGAGUUCAGGACCGAGGAACAGAUGAGGAGAGCUGUGGAGAAGGUCAACAAGCACAACCUCAAUGGGCGUCCCCUGAAAGUGAAGGAGGACCCUGAUGGUGUGAUCGCUCUGAGAGAAACCAGCAAGAGCGGAGGCCCCCAAGGUGGCAUGGGAGGAAUGGAUAGAAUGGGCCCUGCACCAAAUGGCCCCAUGGUGAACAUCCCUCCCAGCCUGAUGAACAACCCCAGCAUUCCCAUGGAGGUUAUCCAUGGCCUGCAAGCGGGACGGAUCGGCAACACAGUGUUUGUUGCAAAUCUUGACUACAAGGUGGGCUGGAAGAAGCUGAAGGAGGUGUUCGGCAUGGCCGGCAUGGUUAUGAGGGCGGACAUUCUGGAGGACAAGGAGGGCAAGAGCAGAGGCAUGGGCACAGUAACGUUUGACCUGCCCAUUGAAGCCGUCCAAGCUGUGUCCAUGUUGAAUGGACAACUGUUGUUCAACCGGAUCAUGCACGUAAAACUGGACGAAAAGUCAAUGCCCAAAGAUUUUGGACCACCUGACAGAGGUUCUUCUCUUCCUCGUGGCCUGAGUGGUAUCGGAUUGGGUUUGGGGCCUGGUGGCCAGCCCAUUGAUGCUAACCAACUCAAUAGAGGAGGCGGCGGCGGUGCAAUGGGUAACAUGGGUGCCGGAGUUCAAAGCUUUGAACAGCAGGAAACACUUGCAGAUUCACCAAGCAUCACCUACGGAGGGGAUGGAAUGGGCUAUGGCAGCAUGGGAAAUCGAAUGAGCGGAGGAAUUGACAACUUUGGGGGAAUGCACAACAUGGACCGUUACGGCUCUUCCGGUAUGUCCAGAAUAAAUGAUAUGGACCGGGGGAUCGGUGGCGGUUUCGACCGGGAGUUUGGUCGAAAUGAGAUGGGCAUGUCUCGCAGCAGUUUUGGAGAUUCCUUUGAUCGAGGAAAUUCCAUGGGUAUGGACCGCAUGAACGUUGCAAUGGACCGUCUGGGAUCAACCAUGGAUCGCAUAGGAAGCCUGGAUAGGAUGGGCCUGGACAGAAUUGACCGCCCGUCCGACUUGGACCGGAUGGGCUCUGGCUUUGACCGCAUGGGCUCUGGUAUGGACCGGCUCGGGCCAAGUCUGGACAGGCUGGGCACAGGUGUCGACCGCAUGAGCUCCAGCAUGGAUCGCCUCGGCCCAACCGGGUUCGACCGCUUGGGCCCUUCUAGUUUGGAUCGCAUGGGUGCAGGUCUGGACUAUGGCGCCCCGAUGGGCAUGGAUCGCAUGGGCAGCGCCGGGCUUGACAGAAUGCCCAGCAACUUUGACCGCAUGGGCUCCGCUGGCGGUCUUGACCGCUUCCCGUCCAGCGGCCUGGAUCGUAUGAGCUCCGGAAUGGACAGGAUGGGAUCCGGUGGUGUCGGUCAGUUCGAUCGUUCCGCUGACUUGGAUCGUGGAUUUGGUGGCAAUUCCUUUGGAAAUGCUGGAGCAGGAGGCCCUGGUGCAGGAGCAGGAAACCUCAGAAAGGGAUGCCAGAUCUUUGUUCGAAAUCUGCCAUUUGACUUCACCUGGAAGAUGCUGAAGGAUGCAUUCAAUACAUGUGGUAUGGUGCAGUAUGCCGAUAUCAAGAUGGAGAACGGCAAGUCCAAGGGCUGCGGCGUGGUCCGCUUCGACAACCCGGAGACCGCCGACCGCGCCUGCCGCACCAUGAAUGGCUACCGCCUGAACGGAAGAGAAAUCGACGUCAGGAUUGAUAGGAAUGCAUAAGUUUCUGCAGCUGACCUUUCGUUUAGUCACUGAUGCCCAUUACAUUAUGACCGGAAGUUUCUUGCCAGCCUGUCCACCUUCACUCGGUUUGUUUGUAACAGUGAAAUUGUUUUAGUUAGUGUAGCAGAUUUUAGUUUGUACAUUUGACUUUUUUUAGAGACCAAAUUUCUCCUCCGACAUCCUUCACCUGUCUGCUUUGUCUUCAAAGUGUUUUGAUAAUAAACCAAUGAUUGUCUUGGC